AUGAAUGCGCAGAUUCUGCCAUUCAACGUUUUGAUUUUUACUCUCUCUCCUGCUGUCACUGACUUUAACGUUCACUUUCAUGACCGUACAAAGUUUUGGUCUUUAGGAGCUAAACUACGAAAAGAGCAGAUGGCUGGACUCCAACGCACCCGUUUACAAACGUCCAAAUCAAAAUAUAGGAAACUUUUUGUUCUAGCAGAACAAAAUUUACCAUUGAAGCCAGGAUCAUGA